AUGGCGCGGUGUGGCCCGGCGGUCGGCAGAGCACUGCCGCUCGCCGCCGCACGCCGCUCGCACUCGCCUCACGCUCGCGCCCUCGCUCCCUCGCGUUACAUAAACCCGGCCGCUUACCCGCUGCCCGCUACCACCUGUACACAAGUUCGAGUGGCUUCUCUUAGAAAUUCAUCAAAUUCUCAUCAUUUGUGUGUUGCCACGGUAAUAACCCCUCAUCAUGCCGUCACAGCAGCUCAUUGCGUGGAGGAAACUCCUCAAAGCUACAUGUUGCAGCUAAAUAACCACUGUAUAGAAAGUCAAGAUGUCCCUAAAGCUCAAGUUCUAGAGAUUAUCAAACAUGACCUUUAUAAUCCGUUUUCUUACGAGCAUGAUAUAGCUGUGUUACGUGUAAAGCUCAAUUUUACUGAUAUGACGUCGCUUAAUGGGAACAUAUUGCCCGACUCCUCGUUCGGUAUAUCAGGGAACUGUAGAAUAUACGGCUACGGAUACAGAGACAUGAGUGUACAAGAAACAUCAGAAACUUUGCAAUCCGCUGAUGUUCAACUCGUGUCAUUAGAUGAAUGCACUAUGUCACUUGGACCAGGAUUGGCUCCUAAUCCACUCGGCGGAAUGUUGUGUGCUAUGGGAGAUGGCGUUGAUGCUUGCCAGGGGGACUCGGGAGGCCCACUUUUAUGCGCAGACAAAGUUGAAGGCUUGGCUAGUUAUGGGCUCAGUUGUAAUGUUCCUGGAAUGCCCGGAGUGUAUGUCAGCAUUGGAGCACAUCUAAAAUGGUUGCGGAGUAUUAUUUACUGACAAAAAUUUUGAAUUUCUACGUAGUCAAAAGUACGAUUUUAUUAACUACUGUAGACUAUUACGAUCUGCGUCUAAUAAAAUAACAUAUUUACAAA